GUCUGGGUCGGUUCGGGUCUAUAAUUUCAAUACCCGUACAAUACCCAAAAUUUUCGGGUAUAUUUCGGAUCCGGGUCGGUUCGGGUAUUUAGGACCCGAAAUAGACCCGAAGUACCCGAACUGGACCCGAAAACUCUAAAAAUACCCGAAGAACCGCAAAAAUACCCAAAAAUUUAUCCAUCAGACCCGAAAACCCAAAACAUACCCGAAUUUUACCCGAAUACCCAAAUUAUAUUUUCUAAAAAUCUAAAAUUUCACCAAAAACCUACAAUUAUACCCGAAAAUCCAAACCCGAAACUUUAAAAAAAAUCCAAAAUACCAAAAAUAUACCCAAUCACCCAAAUAUACCUAGUAUAUACAAUUAUUUGCGGAUACUUCAGGUACCCGAACGGGUCUCGGAUAGGACCCGAACCCGAACCGAGACCCGCGGGUCCAAAAAAAAAGACCUAAUAGUACUUAGCAUGGACCCGGACCCGGACCCGAACCUGUAUUUUUGGGUCGGUUCCGGUUCGGGUCUUCGGGUCCGGGUAAAAUGCCCAGGCCUACUACUGGCAAACAAAUCAAAAUACAAUAAAUCAGUAGUAUCUUUUAGACUUUUACUAUAUCAUAACUUUAAAGUCAUGCAAUGCAACAUCUCUCUCUCCUCUUCCUCAGACAAAAAGGCUCUUCCACUUCCUAUGGAAUCACAAAGUGUACACACACGUUAUAUGCUUAUAUAGCUUAUAUCUAUAGAAGGACAAAGGCUUUAAACUCCUUUUAAACUGCUUGAACAAAAAGCAAAGCAAUUCUCUCUGUUUUUUUUUUUCUUUCCGCAGAUUAAAAGAAAAACCAUAAGCAGACAUUUCUUCUUCUCUGUUUUCCAGCUUUUGUCUUCGGAGUUUGGUUUCUGAAGAAGACAAAAUUUUCUACCUUUUUAAGAGUUCGAGAUCCAUUAUCCAUAAGUACUAUAUAAGUGGAGAUCAUUCAUAAAUAAUUUAAGAAGUCUUCUCGGGUUUUGUGAGCCUUGGAUUCUUAAGUUUGGUGAUGAUGGAUAUGGAGGUUAAGCAGAUAUUAAAGAGUCUAUGUUUCAGCUAUGGAUGGUCUUAUGCUGUCUAUUGGCGCUCUGACCCCAUUAAUCCCAUGUUACUGAGAGUUGAAGAAACACACAAUGAUGAACAAUCAGCCACACUCGUUGAUGAUAUGAUUCUUAAGACUCAUGUCUUAGGCCAAGGUAUCGUGGGGGAAGCUGCUUUAACCGGAAUCCACCAAUGGCUGUUCUCAGGCACACUGUUUCAGUGUGAGCAUGAGUUUCAGAAUCAGUUUCUAUCUGGCUUUAAGAGUAUCGCAAUCAUUCCAGUAGGAUCAAGCGGCGUUGUUCAGUUAGGGUCUACUCAAAAGAUUGUUGAGAGCCGAGAGAUGUUGGAAGAAACAGAAAGAGCUCUGCAGGAGAAGCAUUCUUUGAAAGUAAAGGAUCAGUCGGUGGAUCUUGAUACUUUGUUUGAGUCUCUAAUUCCACUGGUAGACUGUGAGAUUGUCCCUGAAUCUUUUCAAGGACUCAGCUUCGAUGACAUCUUCACAGAAGAAGACACUAAUCCUCCUUCUUUGCUCUUCGAUAAACCAGCCUCUGAAGCAUCCCCAAAACCUUCUUCUUCAGACAUUAAUGGAGAUGAUGAUUCUGUGUUCGACAUUCUCAACUCUUACUCUUUGGACGAUCUUUACCAGCUGCUGGCUGAUGAUUCGCCAGAACAGAAUUGCCCAUCGGGAGGUGAUAAGGAAUGCUCUAUGGUGAUCCAAGGAAACGACAAGGAUCUUUUGGGGAUCCAUUCCUAUGAUUUUCCGCAGAAAGGACAGUUAUUCUCUGAGCUCAUAAGCACUAGCCUCAGCAACAGCACUAGUUGUACUUCUCUCACAAAUGUUCAACAAGAAGACUCUUAUUGUGGCCUGAAUCAGAGCAAAAGACGGAAACUAGAAUCAUCAACAAUCUCAAGCUUCUUCUUUCCGCAGGCGGAGACACUAACACUUCUUAAUCCUCCCCUGUUGAUUGAUGAAGACGUUGCAGGGAAUUGGAAGAAACCUCAAGAAGAAGGAGUGAAGAAGAAGAAAAGAUCAAAGGCAGGAGAAAGCAGGAAACCGAGGCCUAAAGACAGGCAGAUGAUACAAGACCGUAUCAAGGAGCUACGAGGGAUGAUUCCAAAUGGAGCAAAGUGUAGCAUUGAUACGUUGCUUGAUCUGACGAUAAGACACAUGGUGUUCAUGCAAAGCAUCGCCAAGUACGCUGACAAACUCAAACAACCAUACUUUGCCAAGCUGGUGAAAGAGAAGGAGAGAACAUGGGCGUUGGAAGUUGGAGAUGAUGAUGAGUCGGUGGUAUGUCCGAUCAUCGUGGAGGAUUUGAAGCCGCAAGGACAAAUGCAGAUAGAGAUGGUGUGCCAGGAAAAUGGGGAUGAAUUUCUUGAGAUUGCACAUGUGGUGAGAGGUCUAGGUUUGAACAUUUUGAAAGGAGUCAUGGAAACGACACAGGGAAGGAUAUGGGCACACUUGAUCGUCGAGGCAAAGCCACACAUCACUAGGCUUCAACUCUUCUACUCGCUUGUUCACCUCUUUCAACAACAAAAUCCACCACACUCCUCCUCCUUUGACCACCAAACAUGACGUAUAGGACUCACUUACUACUCAUUAUGUAUGCUUUUGUUGAUUUCUUACAUCUGAUUUUAUUUUUCUUCCAUAUUUGUUUAGUGAAUGGCAAAGAAAGCUGUUGAUAGUUUAGUAGUUCCAUCCCAAAACGUUUGUAGUAAGAAACAUGAAAUUAAAGAUUUUUGGCUUUAAAGCGAUGAUUGAGUU